GAGGGAAAUCUGCUUCGAGAACCCGCCACAGCGCACAAUAGAGCGCAACGCUGGAAAGGAACACAGGAGGCUUGCGUUCGCCAUCAAAAUGGCCGCAAGUGACAGUAAAGCUCCGCUUAGAACAGUGAAAAGAGUGCAGUUUGGCAUAUUAAGUCCAGAUGAAAUACGUCGUAUGUCCGUCACUGAGGGCGGCAUCCGUUUCCCAGAGACCAUGGAAGCGGGCCGUCCUAAAAUGGGGGGUCUUAUGGACCCAAGACAGGGCGUCAUCGAUCGUCAUUCCCGAUGCCAGACUUGUGCAGGCAACAUGACUGAAUGUCCUGGACAUUUUGGACACAUUGAUUUAGCCAAACCCGUUUUCCACGUUGGUUUUAUAACAAAAACUAUAAAAACGCUUCGAUGCGUUUGCUUUUACUGCAGUAAAUUACUUGUAAGCCCCAAUAAUCCUAAAAUUAAGGAGGUUGUGAUGAAAUCAAAAGGACAACCUAGAAAAAGAUUAGCAUUCGUUUAUGAUCUCUGUAAAGGGAAAAACAUUUGUGAGGGCGGUGAUGAAAUGGAUGUAGGGAAAGAAGGGGAAGACCCCAAUCAAGCAAAGAAACAAGGACAUGGUGGCUGCGGGCGCUAUCAACCAAACAUCAGAAGAACAGGACUUGAUUUAACAGCUGAGUGGAAACAUUUAAACGAAGAUUCACAAGAAAGGAAAAUUGCUUUAUCAGCAGAAAGAGUAUGGGAAAUACUAAAACAUAUCACAGAUGAAGAGUGUUUUAUCUUGGGUAUGGAUCCUAAAUUCGCGCGUCCUGAUUGGAUGAUUGUCACAGUGUUGCCAGUUCCACCACUUCCAGUACGCCCAGCUGUGGUUAUGUACGGCUCAGCGCGAAAUCAGGAUGAUUUGACACACAAAUUAGCUGAUAUUAUUAAAGCAAAUAAUGAACUACAGAAAAACGAAGCUGCCGGAGCUGCUGCUCACGUGAUCGCAGAAAAUAUAAAAAUGUUGCAGUUUCACGUGGCAACAUUAGUCGAUAAUGACAUGCCGGGAAUGCCUAGGGCAAUGCAGAAAUCGGGAAAGCCUCUCAAAGCCAUCAAAUCUCGUCUUAAAGGCAAGGAAGGUCGUAUCCGUGGUAAUCUUAUGGGUAAACGUGUGGACUUCUCAGCUCGUACCGUCAUCACCCCUGACCCUAAUCUGCGUAUCGAUCAAGUCGGAGUACCUCGUAGUAUCGCCCAAAAUUUAACAUUUCCAGAAAUCGUAACGCCGUUCAAUUUCGACAAAAUGUCUGAACUAGUCCAAAGAGGCAAUUCGCAAUAUCCGGGAGCGAAAUAUAUAAUCCGCGAUAACGGAGAGAGAAUAGAUUUAAGAUUUCAUCCAAAAUCUUCUGAUUUACAUUUACAAUGCGGUUACAAAGUUGAAAGACACAUCCGAGAUGGCGAUCUGGUCAUUUUCAACCGUCAACCUACGUUACACAAAAUGAGUAUGAUGGGACACAGAGUCAAAGUAUUGCCUUGGUCAACAUUCCGCAUGAACUUAUCGUGUACUUCGCCUUACAAUGCCGAUUUUGACGGCGAUGAAAUGAACCUUCAUGUUCCUCAAAGUAUGGAGACGAGGGCCGAAGUCGAAAAUUUACAUAUUACACCGAGACAAAUUAUUACUCCACAAGCAAAUAAACCCGUCAUGGGUAUCGUACAGGACACACUCACGGCUAUCAGGAAGAUGACAAAAAGGGACGUUUUUAUAGAAAAAGAACAAAUGAUGAAUUUAUUGAUGUUUUUGCCCAUUUGGGAUGGCAAAAUGCCAAGACCGGCCAUUUUAAAACCUAAGCCAUUAUGGACGGGAAAACAAAUUUUCUCGUUGAUUAUUCCCGGAAACGUUAACAUGAUUAGAACACACUCUACACAUCCAGAUGAUGAAGAUGAUGGACCGAAUAAAUGGAUUUCACCUGGAGAUACUAAAGUUAUGGUGGAACAUGGAGAGUUGGUUAUGGGGAUUUUGUGUAAGAGGACAUUGGGUACUUCAGCCGGAUCUUUGCUUCAUAUUUGUAUGUUGGAGUUGGGACACGAGGUCUGUGGCCGGUUUUAUGGUAACAUUCAGACUGUCGUCAACAACUGGCUUUUGCUUGAAGGUCACAGUAUUGGUAUUGGUGACACUAUUGCCGAUCCACAAACCUACUUAGAGAUUCAGAAAGCCAUCAAAAAAGCCAAAGAGGAUGUCAUAGAAGUUAUCCAGAAAGCACAUAAUAUGGAACUUGAACCAACUCCGGGUAACACGUUACGACAAACAUUCGAAAAUCAAGUCAACAGGAUUCUAAAUGAUGCUCGUGACAAAACUGGAGGUUCCGCUAAGAAAUCUUUAACUGAAUACAAUAACCUAAAGGCUAUGGUCGUGUCUGGUUCUAAAGGUUCUAACAUUAAUAUCUCCCAAGUUAUUGCUUGUGUAGGUCAACAAAACGUCGAAGGUAAACGAAUUCCUUUCGGUUUUCGCAAACGCACUCUCCCUCACUUCAUCAAAGACGACUACGGUCCCGAGUCUCGUGGUUUCGUUGAAAAUUCAUACCUGGCCGGUUUAACCCCGUCCGAAUUUUAUUUCCACGCCAUGGGAGGUCGCGAAGGUCUUAUCGAUACUGCGGUUAAAACCGCUGAAACUGGUUACAUCCAACGCCGUCUCAUCAAGGCUAUGGAAUCUGUAAUGGUGAAUUAUGACGGAACUGUUCGUAACUCAGUCGGUCAACUCAUCCAGUUACGUUAUGGAGAAGACGGUCUUUGUGGAGAAAUGGUCGAAUUUCAAACACUUCCUACUGUGAAACUGUCAAAUAAGGCAUUUGAACGUAAAUUCAGAUUUGAUCCGAGUAACGAGAGAUAUUUAAGACGAGUAUUCACUGAAGAAGUGAUUAAAGAUUUGAUGGGUUCUGGUGAAGUCAUCUCCGAGUUGGAAACCGAAUGGGAACAACUACAAAAAGACAGAGAAGCUUUGCGUCAGAUUUUCCCCAGUGGUGAAUCUAAGGUUGUACUUCCGUGCAACUUGCAACGUAUGAUCUGGAACGUUCAAAAGAUUUUCCAUAUUAAUAAGAGGGCACCGACGGAUUUAUCACCCUUGAGGGUUAUUCAAGGAGUCCGUGAGCUUUUAAAUAAAUGUGUCAUCGUAGCUGGCGAAGACAGACUUUCGAAACAAGCCAACGAAAACGCCACACUUCUGUUCCAAUGUUUAGUCAGAUCGACUCUUUGCACUAAAUGUGUGUCUGAAGAAUUUAGAUUAAGUACAGAGGCAUUUGAAUGGCUAAUUGGUGAGAUUGAGACUCGAUUCCAACAAGCACAAGUCAAUCCGGGCGAAAUGGUCGGUGCUUUGGCUGCACAAUCACUCGGCGAACCUGCCACUCAGAUGACACUCAACACUUUCCACUUUGCUGGUGUAUCUUCAAAGAACGUAACAUUGGGUGUGCCACGUUUAAAGGAAAUCAUCAACAUAUCGAAAAAACCGAAAGCGCCUUCUUUGACAGUGUUUCUAACCGGUGCUGCGGCCAGAGAUGCCGAAAAAGCCAAAAACGUUUUGUGUAGAUUGGAACAUACAACGCUAAGAAAAGUUACCGCAAACACUGCCAUCUAUUACGAUCCUGAUCCCCAGAAUACCGUUAUUCCAGAGGAUCAAGAGUUUGUUAAUGUUUACUACGAAAUGCCCGACUUUGAUCCGACUCGGAUCUCGCCUUGGCUGUUACGUAUUGAAUUGGACAGGAAAAGAAUGACUGAUAAGAAACUGACUAUGGAACAGAUCGCUGAAAAAAUCAAUGCUGGGUUUGGAGACGAUUUAAACUGCAUUUUCAACGAUGAUAACGCCGAAAAAUUGGUGUUACGUAUCCGUAUUAUGAAUAGUGACGACGGUAAAUUUGGAGAUGGCGCUGAUGAGGAUGUCGACAAGAUGGACGACGAUAUGUUUCUGAGGUGUAUUGAAGCUAAUAUGUUGAGUGACAUGACAUUGCAAGGUAUUGAAGCCAUCUCAAAAGUCUACAUGCACUUGCCCCAAAACGAUUCAAAGAAGAGAAUUGUAAUCACAGAAACUGGAGAAUUCAAAGCCAUUGCAGAAUGGUUGCUCGAAACUGACGGAACAAGUAUGAUGAAAGUUCUAUCUGAAAGAGACGUAGAUCCUGUUAGAACCUUUUCUAACGACAUUUGUGAAAUUUUCUCUGUACUUGGUAUAGAAGCCGUACGUAAAUCAGUCGAAAAAGAAAUGAACGCUGUUCUUCAAUUCUAUGGUCUAUACGUAAACUAUCGCCACCUUGCCUUGCUUUGUGACGUAAUGACUGCAAAAGGUCAUCUUAUGGCCAUUACACGUCACGGGAUUAAUAGACAAGACACUGGGGCUCUUAUGAGAUGUUCUUUUGAAGAAACAGUAGAUGUUUUGAUGGACGCAGCCUCUCACGCUGAAGUCGAUCCAAUGAGAGGAGUAUCGGAAAAUAUCAUUAUGGGUCAAUUACCACGAAUGGGUACUGGUUGCUUCGAUUUAUUACUUGAUGCUGAGAAGUGUAAGAUGGGGAUUCCCAUACCGCAAGCUCAUGGAGCUGACAUUAUGGCAUCAGGCAUGUUCUUCGGAUCUGCUGCGACACCAAGUAUGAGUCCUGGAGCCGCAAUGACACCAUGGAAUCAAGGGGCGACGCCCUAUGUGGGCAGUGCUUGGUCUCCACAUAAUUUAAUGGGAAGUGGUAUGACACCUGGAGGACCAGCAUUUUCACCCUCUGCCGCUUCAGACGCCUCCGGAAUGUCCCCUGGCUACGGCGCUUGGUCUCCAACUCCUCAAUCUCCAGCCAUGUCACCAUUUAUGGCCUCACCUCAUGGCCAAUCUCCCUCAUACAGUCCUUCAAGUCCCUCAUUCCAACCGACGUCACCAUCCAUGACACCCGUAUCUCCUGGGUAUUCCCCGACAUCUCCCGGAUAUUCCCCAACGAGUCCAAAUUACAGCCCCACUUCUCCAAGUUAUUCCCCGACAAGUCCCAGCUACAGUCCCACAUCUCCUUCAUACUCGCCAACAUCUCCAAGUUACUCACCAACAAGUCCGAGUUACAGUCCCACAAGUCCAAGUUAUUCGCCUACAUCGCCAAGUUACAGUCCAACAUCUCCGAGUUAUUCACCUACGAGUCCGAGUUACAGUCCGACUUCACCGAGUUACUCGCCUACAAGUCCGAGCUACAGUCCAACAUCUCCAAGUUACUCGCCGACAAGUCCGAGUUACAGUCCUACGAGUCCAAGUUACUCGCCCACGAGUCCAAGUUACUCGCCCACGAGUCCGAGUUAUUCACCCACAAGUCCGAGUUACAGUCCUUCGUCUCCACGAUACACUCCAGCUUCACCGAGUUACUCGCCGACGUCUCCGAGUUAUUCUCCUUCGUCACCACAGUACUCCCCUGCGUCUCCAAGUUACUCUCCGUCGUCACCUAAAUAUUCACCCACGUCUCCUAGCUAUUCUCCGACGUCUCCUUCAUUCGCAGGUGGAAGUCCGCAGUAUUCUCCCACUUCUCCGAGUUACUCACCCACAUCUCCCAAUUAUUCACCAUCGAGUCCACAACAUACACCAGCUGCAAGUUCACGGUACUCACCGUCGUCACCUAAUUAUUCACCAAGUUCGCCAAGUUAUUCACCGACGUCUCCUCAAUAUUCACCACACAGUACAAAGUAUUCACCUACUUCGCCUACUUACACACCGACGUCGCCGAGUUAUUCACCAGCUUCUCCAGCGUAUUCACCUCAACCACCGAGGUAUUCGCCGUCGAGUCCCAGCUAUUCACCCACGAGUCCUAGUCAGGAUCAAGACUAGUGAUUUUAAAGUGGUCAUUUAUACUUUUUUAACGUUAUAUUUAGCUAUUUGUUUGGGUUAUUUAUACUUUGGAGUAAGUUUUUAUAGUGACAGAACUACUGUAAGUAAAAGACUGUAUUUUAAAAAAUUGUUUAUGAUUUUUUCUUUAUUUGAGAGUCUCUUGUAUAUAGAUAUAUUUUAUUAUGUCAUACAUGUUAAAUUUAUUCAAUAAAAGUUGAAUACA